CAUUCAUAGUAACUACGUUUUUACCAAAAAGGUUCGCAAAGAAAUGUCAAUUAAACAACAAUGGGGCAAAAGGUUUGGUAUUAUAAAGAAGACUCUUGAUUUAGCGAUCACGACAGGAUGUUAUGAAGAGUUAUGUGAAAUGCAUCUUAAGUUAAUGAAGGAAAUAGAAAUGCAACUCUUAACUAGGGAUAGUCACAAUAUAUUGGAUGAUGAUCCUGCUCAGUUUGCGGCUACAGUAAGUAAACCCCAUACGAAACAAGUAUUAUAUAAAAGAGUAAAAGUGGGCAGUGCAAGUCAAAUGGAUUGUAGUGAUACAUCAAACAUGCAUAGAAACGAAUUGCGAGACAUUACAGCUAUAACAAAAAAUAUAUCUCGUCAUUGUGGUAUAUGUGGUCAAGUAGGGCAUAAUGCUCAUACAUGCAACUCGGAUGGCUCAAGCAAUCAGAUGGUCAAUAUGAGUCGGGAAAGCUAUAAUAAUCAAAAUGAUGAUUUGUCCUUGUCAACUACAAAACAUAUUGAAAAUUCAAAUUUUAAGAAUGCGGAUGAUAUUAAUUAUGAAAGUAAAUCUCGUCAUUGUGGAACAUGUAGUCAAACUGGCCAUAAUGCUCGUACUUGCAACUCUGAUAAUUCAAGCAAACAAAUGAAUGGUUUGACUAGGGAAUACAAUACUAAGGAAAAUGAUGAAAAUUCGAAUUCAAUGA